UAAAUAAACCUUACCCAAUAAAUAAAGUUCUUACACAUUUGUUAUUUAAUUUUAUCAUUUCACUUAGGAUUAGUUUAAUUAAGUUGAUUUGCUUGUGAUUUUACACGACAUUCAUUAAAAUUUGUUGAGAAAGAUGCCUGUUUACAAAGUUAAAGUGAAAUGGGGUAAAGAAGUUUACGAUGCAAUUGAUUUGGACACCGAUUUGGAAACUGCUGUCUUUAAGGCUCAAGUGUUUGCGCUCACCUCGGUGCCGAUUGAAAGGCAAAAACUCAUGUUCAAGGGAAAAGUAAUUUCAGGUGCAUCAUGGGAUGCAUAUCAAAUAAAGGAUGGAAUCACUCUCUUGAUGAUGGGAACCGCUGACAAAAUUCCUGAGGAACCGAUUGAAAAACCCAAAUUUAUUGAAGAUAUGAGCGAAAAUGAACUAACCACGGCUCUUGAUCUUCCUUCUGGUUUGACCAAUUUAGGUAAUACUUGUUAUCUAAAUGCCACAGUCCAAUGUUUGAAGACCAUACCCGAGCUUAAGGAAGCAAUAACUAAGUUUGUCAAUAGCCAUGAUAGUGGCAGCUUUGCUCCAAAUGUCACCGCUUCCUUGCGUGAUCUCUUUGGUACCAUGGAAUCAAGAUCAGUUGUUGCUCCCAUGGUUUUCUUGACCGUAUUCCACAUGGCAUUUCCGAGGUUUGCUGAGAAAUCUCCUGAUGGUAAUCUCAUUCAACAUGACGCAGCAGAAUGCUGGACAAGUCUGAUGAGGUCUUUACAACAAGAUCUUAAAACAUCUGAUAAACAAGGAACUGGUGAUAAUAUAACCGAAGCUAGAGCCAGCAAAAAUCAAAACUUCAUUGAACAAUAUUUUGAAGGAAAUUUUGCGGUCACUAUGAAAAAUACAGAAUCUGAGAUUGAAGAGGAAACCAAAACGGUGGAAAAGUUCUUACACCUUAGUUGUUUUAUUUCUAACCACGAAGUCAAAUACCUACAAUCUGGCUUAAAAUAUUCCAUUCUAGAAGAAACAUUAACUAAAUUUUCUCCUACCCUCCAGAGAGAUUGUCUUUUCACUAAAAAAAGUCUUUUGGCUCGUCUACCUGCUUAUCUUACCAUUCAAAUUAUGAGAUUUGAAUACAAAGGACGAGAGGCCAAAAUCUUAAAAGAAAUCAAAUUUGGUUUAACUUUGGAUGUUUUUGAAAUGUGUACUCCUGAAUUGCAAGAAAAGUUACUUCCAAUGAGAAAUAAAUUCAAAGCACAAGAAGAUAAAUUACUUGCUGAAAGCCAGAACGCUGAUAGAAAAAAGGAUGACAAAAAAGGAGAUAAAAAGGAUGAAAAGCCAAAAUAUCAAUAUCCAUAUUAUUUCAAAGAUGAUAUUGGUUCCAAUAAUAGUGGUUAUUAUGAACUCCAGGCUGUGCUAACUCAUAAAGGAAGAAACAUUGCCAGUGGUCAUUAUUUAGCUUGGAUAAAGCGCAAUAAAGACGAAUGGUUCCAAUGUGAUGAUGAUAAUGUUACUCAAGUAACUACUGAUGAUAUUUUGAGACUCUCAGGUGGAGGUGAUUGGCAUUGUGCUUAUCUACUUUUAUAUGGUCCACGAGUUUUGGAAGUCGAUGACAAACCCGACAACCCAGAUAUUUGAAAACUCUCUAAUUUGUAAAACUAAAAUUGAUUUUGUUUAACAAACUCUGAAUGGAUCCAAUAGGAAUUAAAAUAAAAUUAUCUUUUUAAUAUCCUUA